AUGUCUUAUGUUAAUUACUACUACUACAUGCAUGGCAUCACGCCGCCGUCCCCGUCACCGCCGCCCUCGCCGCCUCUCUCGCUGCUCUCGUCGCCGCCGGCCGCACCGAGUGCCCUGCAUGCAUCGCUUGGUGUCAUCUACGACGACCGCAUGCUUGCCCACGCGCCCAAGUACACCGGCCAUCCCGAGCGGCCUGAGCGCUUGACCGCUGUUAUGGACCGCCUCCGCGCCGACGCGCUCCUCGACUCGGCUCGCGUCAUGGCCGGCGUCGAAGCCGAUGAGGACGACCUUGCGCUCGUCCACUCUCGCGAGCACAUUGCCCAGGUCCAGGGUCUCAGCGCACUGCCGCAGCGCGAGGCCCGGCUCCUCAUGCGCAAGCUUGACUCUAUUUAUUUUAACGAGCUCUCGCCGCUGGCAGCCUCGGUCGCCGCCGGCUCGACUGUCGCCAUCACCCACGCCGUACUGGCUGGCGAGCUUGAUGCUGGCGUUGCCGUCGUUCGUCCGCCUGGCCACCACGCCGAGCCAAGCGAGACCAAGGGCUUUUGUUUCUACAACAACGUUGCUGUCGCUGCUGCUGCGGCGCUCAAGUCUGGCGCAGCCUCCCGUGUCCUCAUUCUCGACUGGGACGUUCACCAUGGCAACGGGACCCAACGCAUGUUUGAGUACUCUCCCGACGUGCUUUACAUCUCGCUUCACCGUUUUGACCACGGCCGCUUCUAUCCGGGCACUCGCUACGGAGGACCGACCUCGAUUGGCUUUGGUGCCGGUAAGGGCUACUCGGUCAACAUCGGCUGGAAUCAUCGCGACUUCCGGCCUCGCCCCAAGGCCUUUGUCUUCGACAUGAGCCCAGACGCUCCCGACGCGCCUGCCGAGCCCGACGAACCCGAGACUCCGGCCCACAAUACCGCUCCGGGCGAUGCGGAGUACAUGGCGGCCUUCAGCUCGCUCGUCAUGCCCAUUGCCACCGAGUUUGAUCCCGAUCUCGUCCUCAUCUCCGCCGGCUUUGAUGCUGCUGUUGGUGAUCCGCUCGGCGAGUGCGAGGUCACACCACAAGGGUAUGCGUUUAUGGUUCAUGCACUCUCAUCGCUGCCGUCGGCCAAGGUUGUCAUCGCCCUCGAGGGCGGCUACAACCUGGAAGCCAUCUCUGUCUCGAUGUCAGCGUCCGUGUCUGCACUUGUCGACGCUGCUGCGCCCGACGGGCCCGAUACCUCGGCCAGCGGGCCGUCCGGCUCGUCGCCACCUCUCCUUGCGCCGCAUCCAUCUGCCCUCCGCUCCAUCGCCACUGUAGCUGCUGUCCUUGCGCCACACUGGAAGUGCUUGCCGGAUCCGUCGUCGUAG